AAGGCGUCUUUCGGAGUACAGAAGGGACCCCAGCAAGCUCUCAACUCCACCCCCUACAGAACUAGAGACUGAGGAGACAUCAUGCUGGGGCCUCUGUGAUUCAAACGAAAUCAACAAGUUGCCUUUUCCACAAAACAAAACACUGAUUGUCUCUACCAGCGAUGACCUGAUAUAUGAGCUCUUGUUCAUCCCAGUUCUUGACGAGCCCCUCUCCUCUAACCGCUACUGUGUUAUCCACGCAAAAGGCAGUAGCAACGGGUGAGGGUGUGCUGACUCUGCUCUCUCAUUUGUUUCUUCAGAUUUUCAAUCUACUUUUAUUUCAUAAAUCAUAACUAUACGUACGUAGAGUCGAUAAACAUUUUUUUGAUAACAAAAAAGAAAAAAAAAAAGAAAAGUCUGAUUUUUCAGGCAAGCGUGCAUGUGCUCGACGGAAGAGAAUAACGUCAAGUCGAUUUUUGGAGACUGUACGAGAUGUGAAACCAAAAGCUUUCGACCCUACGGAUGUCUACCAACAAGUGGAAAUUUGUAAUGUACCCUCUAGAGGUUUUUACGCCAAUUCUGUACUUCCUAACUGUUACCCUCCAUCAUCUAUAAGGGAAAAGUACUGGAGAGCUGCACACUCAAGCCCGUCUUAUUAUAGAUUUGAUGACGCUCCAGGGCUUAAUUCCUCAAUUCGAAUGUACCUUCCAGAGUAUAAUAUUCCAACAAGUCAAAAGCGUUCAACUCCUAUUAUCAUAGGGAAAUGGUAUUCUCCCUUUGUAUUCAUAAAAGAUGAAGGUUUUGUGAAGACCCAAAUGAAGAAAUCUUUGUUUUACAACAAGACUUUAGAGCAAUAUUGGGAGGAAAUUUACUCCCAGGAGAAUCAUGGCGGUGAUGGAAACAUUGUGACGGUGAACACGUAUGUAGAGAGGGAAGUGUAUCGUCUGGAUGGCAUGAAAGCUGUGAGAGUUGACGGCAAUGUUAAUGGGUCUGAUGGUUUUAUUUGGUUUAGAGUUCAGAACCAGAAUAGUGGAGUCGUGGGCUUGAGUUCAGCCAUCGUGGAUGGAAUGAGAGGGAUUCAAAAGGAAGGAGGGUGGGUUGAUGGGCAAGAUAGCGAGGUGUGGGCUGAGAAAGUAGAGGUGACUGACAAUUUGUGGAGGAGAUUUUGUGGUUAUGUGUUGGUGGAGAGCUUUGCUUUGAGAAUGGAUGGAAGUUUAGUGCUGAAUUGUGAUUUCAGGCACACCCAACGGAUUAAAACCAAAUGGGAAUGAAUCAAAAUCCUUGGCUACAUCAACGUUCAUAAACCUACCUAUUAUGUCUGGUUUGUCAGUGGGUGCAGGAUGCGUAUAACAAUGUUUGCUAAUGUACUUCCAACUCUUUUUAUGGAAACCUUGUUAUUUAUAAAAAAAGACUUGAUAUGAUAUGUACCAUGUAAUAGAAUAUUAUUUCCAAUUCAACAAUGAACAAUUCUGAAAAAAGAAGAGGACACAAGAUA